GUUCACUGUGACUACAACAGUUCGUAUGUGUAUCUUAAAUAUACUCUUUAUAAUGCUCUUCAAUACAAUGUUUAAAGAUGUCGUAUCAAUCAAAUCCAUGCUUUGCAGGCGGGACGAAGAAAAAAUGGCGUGCGUGGAGAAAAAUACUUGGGUAUUCGAUAGAAAUGCCCAAACUUGUAUUUCUGUCAUUCCUGACAAGGAACCCUGCGGGCACUUUGUUAGCGAAAAGGCUUGCAAGGAUCUCUGCCUGAGAACAGGUCAAAAAUAUUUUUGGAUUGAAGAAAAAGGAAAAAACUUCUGAAAUUUUUAUUAAAGUUUGGAAAUGAAAAAAUCAUGUUAAAUAUAAGGCCUUUUUAGAUUUAAAUACUGCAUAAUAUGAUCUGACCAAUUCCAUGUCCGGCUUUAUCUGACAGUCGAGGAAAUCUGGUUUAACAAUAUCUCUAGUUUCACUUAGAAUUUACAUUCAUUUGCAUGCUCACUUGAUGUAAUGUAAUUAAAAUAAUUAGUCUUGGAAACGAAUUAUUAUU